GCGUGUGCUGUCCCGCCGUCGCGGCGCUGUUUUUUCUCUCCUCUUCUCUUUCCGCCAUGUUGGCACGCGACGACACUCACGCACGGCCAGACCCGCGCAGCGUACGCAUCACCCAUACGGAUACGCAGAGAAGAGAAGAGGAUAACGUUGCGUUCGCGGUACGGAAAGAACGCACAUAACCUCUCUCGACGAACGUCGAAGAAACGCGUGCGUGCCCCCCCCUCCGCCCCCCGAUAUGCACACAUAGGCAUCCUGUGCCUAUGUGUGUGUGGCUUUUUCUGUGGAGCCGUGCGUAUAGGGAAAAAGAGAGGUAGCAUUAGGAUUUCGUGACCAGGAGGAAAAUCGGGAGAACGCGGGAGGUGCCAAUUAAUUUCUUCAGUAAUAAAUAAUUCCCGCUUCCGCCGUAGCCGCCCUCCUCGUCACUUCAUCGCCGCCUUCAAAUAUCAAUAGCAGUUGCGCGAAGCGCACGACCGCGAGAAAAGAGCGAAGUAACGACGUGCAACAUAUCUCCUGCUCGCUGCUCUACAUAACGCGUAUGCAUACGAGCAAAGGUACUACCGCACAUCAAGACGAUCUCUGGCUCGCUCCCACCCAUCCCUAUAGGCGCGCGCGUUUGUGUAGUAAUCGUGGGUAUCCUCCCUCUCGCUCUCGCCCCAUCGUCGCCGUCGUUCCCUCUCCACGCUGUUCUCGGCCGUCGUCGUCGUCGUAGAGUGAGACAGUGCUGGUCUAAGCGGCGUGCGCGCGCGGACGAGAAGGAAGAAAAAGACGAGGAAAGAGAGUGCGUGCGCGUGCACCGAUCGAGAGAGGGCGAAGAGGACGACGAUACGUGCUGGACGUGGACGGCGAGUGGAACAAGACGGGGCUUGGAUAUUCGAGGCCGCGCGCCCGAGGCUGAGAGAGUCGCUUGAGCGUCGUAAGCAGACGGUGGGCGAGUGCGUCGUGUUGGCGGCCGAUCAUGGAUCCGGCUAAGCUUAAGGUCGUCGAGCUGAGGGCCGAGCUGAGCAAACGCGGUCUGGACUCCAAGGGCAACAAACCCGUGCUCGUGGAGCGACUACGCCAGGCCCUCGAGGAGGAGAAGGCCGACCCUAAAAUCCAUGUUGAAUCAACUGAAAAGUUAGAACAGUCAGAAAGCGAAGAUGAAGGAAGUCAUACAGAAUCAAAAUCUCCAGAGCUAGCAAAACUACCACCUAGAACACCUAGUAGAUCUUCAAGGCACGCAUCAAGAGAGCCUACAACUCCAGCAAGAACUCCUACACGAAGAAGUACUUCCAGAUCUUCGCUUAGCAGACAGUCACCUGCAAAAAUCACAUUAACAGAAGCUCAGAACGAAAAUGUCUCGACGAUAGAAUCUAUAGCAAAGGAAGACAAAUUGUCACCCAGAAAAGAUGAUGUUGCACUUACAUCUAAGAAAGAGAUUUUUCCUUUGUCACCUAUAAAAGAGGCUGUAUCGCCAUCAGCAACAGAUAUAGAAUUGGCAACUACACCUCAAAAAGAAGCGACUUCUAGUAUCCUUAUAAUGGAUACAGAUACUGGUUCGGAAAUUCUACAAAAAGAAGCUGAAUCAGCUAUACCUGUAACUGAAGUUAGUACAAUUUCAUCAAAAACAGAAAACAUACUUUCAAAUGAGAUACCCAAAGUUGAAAAAGAUGAGAAUUUCGAUAUUGUGAAGGAGGCAGAAAAGCAUGAGCAUGAAAAAUCGCAAGAAAUUACUAGACGGAGCAUCGACGAAAUUGUUCAAAUUAAUGCUCAAAGUCCUGUGAAAUCACCUACUCGGUGUCCAAUUAAAUCCGUCACACAAAGUCCAAUAAAAGCUACUCCUUCGAGUCCAACUAAAUUGUCGACUGAAAGUCCAAUAAAAUCUACCAGUGAGACUUCAUACGUGCCUGUCAGUGACAACCCUAUAGAACCUACUGUUCAGAGUCCGAUCAAUACUACUAAGGACAGUCCAACUAAGUCUGUUAUUCAGAAUGUAACUUCAUCUACCAUUCAAAGUCCAAUCAAUACUGAUAUUCCGAGUCCAGUGAAAUCUAUUAUUCAGAGUCCUAUUAAAUGUCCUGUUACGCAAAAGGAAGAAGAAGAAGAAGCUGUGAGUCCAAAUAAAAAAAGUGACGAGCCAAUGGAGGUGGUUAGAAACGUUGAACAAGAGUCUUUGGACAAAUCGACCGAUGAGUCCACAGAUCAAGUGAACGAUACUCAAAGUAUGGAAACGGAUGACCAGCAUGAUGACAAAAACGAGAAGUCGGAUGACAAAUCAGAAGACAGAAAAAGAAAGCGAUCACCAAGUUAUCGCGAAGAAACUUCACGUGCUCCGCCUAUUGCAAGACCUGAAAACGAACCAUCCUAUGAUGAUAACGCGCUUUUAUUAUCUUGGUAUGACUCGGAUUUGAACUUGGUGAUAGACACGACUCAGUACUUUUCGGCUUCGCCUAUGCAGGGCGAUGGCUUUAAUUUUAUGUGGGCUGGUGUUCGAGCCUCCUAUGGUUUCACUAAAGGUAAAGUCUUUUAUGAGGCACGCGUAAAUGCCAGGUUCGACAAGAUUAUAACCCCUGCGCCACCUGCCCCUAAUACCCCAAAUUCCGGUGGUGCAAUACCCAUUGAUGAGGAUAUACCUAGUGUCCUUAGGCUUGGUUGGUCGACACUUGACACAUCAUUGCAAUUAGGUGAGGUGAAACUAUCGUAUGGCUAUGAUAGUACAGGAAAAAAAUCUACAAACAAUGAAUUUGUAGAAUAUGGCAAGACAUUUGCUAAGGAUGAUGUCGUCGGUUGUUUCGCUGAUUUCGAGACGGACGGAAACGUUAUUCUUACAUACACAAUUAAUGGAGAAAAUCAAGGACCUGCAUUCAUUUUGAAGAAAGAGGAUCUCCAAAAUAAAGCAUUAUUUCCUCAUGUGUUAAGCAAAAAUUGUUCGUUUACAGUUAAUCUUGGACAGGAGGAAAAUUGGAACGAUAAUAUCUUAGAUGAAUAUAUUUCCGUUGGUAAAGUUGAUCUCAAUGACAGAAUAACAGGUCCUCGUAGACCUGAGAAAAGGGAAGACUGCGAAGUUAUUUUAUUAUGUGGAUUGCCAUUUUCUGGAAAGACUUCAUGGGCUAGAAAACAUGUCACUGAACAUCCAGAAAAAUAUUACAGUGUAUUAGGAACUCAUAAUCUUAUUGAAAAAAUGACCGUUGAUGGUGCACCGUUAAAAGAGAGUUAUAAAGGACGUUGGGAAACUGUUGUUGAUAAGUGUUCACGAGCUCUCACUAAAUUACUAGACUCGGCGCCAUCAAGGAGACGAAAUUAUAUCUUAGACCAACAAGCAAAUGUAUAUGGAUCAGCGCAAAAACGUAAAACGAGAAACUUUUAUGGUUUUCAUCGGAAAGCUGUAGUCUUAGUUCCAACAGACGAAGAAUUUAAAGCGCGUAUUGCCAAACGUAAAGAAGAACCAGAUGGUGAAGAGAUCAGAGAAUCUUCUAUUUUAGAAGUUAAGGCAAACUUUAGUGCGCCCACUGUUGGGGAUUCAUUUGAAGAGGUUAUAUGGGCUGAACUUGACGAAGAAGAGGGCAAAAAAUUAAUUGAAGCUUAUAAUAUGGAGGGUAAAACUGCUGGUUAUGGACAAAAUACACAGCAACCAAGUAAACGAUCUCGUUUCGAUAAUGGACAAAAAGAUCGUAAUAACCGAGACAACAGAGGAGGACAUCGCAGAUCUGGUUAUACCGACAGAAGGAAUAGCGGCGCAUGGCGCGGCGGAAAUGGGGGUGGCAGAGGUGGCUGGCGAGACGGUGGCCGAAUGCGAGGCGGACCCAUAAGACACGGCGCGGGUUAUGGACUUCCCAGCAUCGGACGAGGCAGAGGUGCAGUACCACCACCUAGAAGUGGUGCAAACGAUAGACGCUCGAUGAACGAACGCAAUAGGCCUGUCGGCGCUUAUCGUCCGGGUGCAUGGAACGCUAUGGGGUAUCAAGGAAGUCAGCACGGCAGCUCGGUGGUAUGGAGCAAUCAGAGCAAUUGGCAAGGACAGUCCCAAGGAACCUGGAGUUGCCUGCAGGGGGCUUCGAGCACCUGGAAUCAACAUCAACAGCAGUCCAACUGGAGUGGUGCCGGUAAUAACUGGAAGAACUACGGACAGAAUAGUUACGGUCAAUCCACCGGAGGUGGCGGAAGCGGCGGCGGCUACGGCCAACAGACUGGCAGCGGCUACGGUAACGGCAACUGGAAUAAUUGGAGUCCGCAGUAUUACAACCAGUAUUGGGGCGGCAGUGGGCAACAACAGCAGACUGGCGGGCAAACGCAGACAACGACUGGGUCCGGAGGCGGCGGUCAGGCGGCCAGUAAAAAAUAAUCAUCGCGAGGGAGAGGCGCGGGAAGGUUGAGCCUUGCGAGAGUCCGAUGACAGAAAAGUAAGCUAUUAUCCAUCAUCCUCACGAGUACAGCUCGAACACUCUGCGCUUCAUGCUCCCACAUUAUCGUGUUCUUUGAGGAAAGCGCGUCGUGUGUACGACUCCCCCCUCCCUGUCUUAUCCAGCCCAAUCUUCAUUCCUAUCCCAUUUCCUAUCGCGGCUUUACCAAAUAAGCCUCUCGAUCCUCUCUUUGGGCCUUACUGGAGUCGCGCUAAGUAUCUCGUGCGCGCUUCCUCACACGAGAACGUAUGGCCCGAAGCGUUUGUUUGUACGAGCGAAACGAUCGGCAGCCGGCGUUGUUAUAAGCACGUGGCCUUUCUUCCGGUUCUAGCACACGUUUAAGGAGACAAAGUGGCUCGCGAGCUCCUUUGCCUGGGUGUUUGGAACAAUUAUUCACGAACUUAAUGAACGCGUUACGCACACUCGUUGCGUGAGGAUUUGUAAUUUGUUCUUUUUGUUUUUCCCAUGUGCUCGAAUUCGAUUUGCUUUAUACGACCAUUUCAUAUUUGAACUUGUAACUGCACACACGAAUUAAGGAAACACUUUGAAAUAAAAAAAUAAAAAAUAAAAAAAA